CUGGUCAAAUAGAUUCGAGUUAUUUGACUCAAAUUGAUUAUUUAAAUGCAACGAGUUUUAACCCGUCGAAUCAGAAUCAUAUUUGGUAAUCAAUAUUUAUUCGGAUAAAAAUGAAUAUAUCCAGCUUCAGCCAGAUAUGAUAUUACCUAUAUAAACAGAUUAAACAGAUAAUAAAUACAAUUCACACGUUAACUAAUUUCCAUGCCGAAGGAAUAAACAUGUUAAGCGUUAAAAAUUUAAGAAUAUUAAAUUUUCUAUUGAUUUUUAUAAUUAUUUCCGAAACUGUUCUUCUUAUUAUUUACCCUUUUUAUAUUAAAUUCCGAAUAACUUCGACAUCAUCAUUAUGGAUCACAGUUCCAUUCGUUCUUUUUACUGGAUUAUCUGCAAUCUUUUAUAAAACUAUAUUGCAUUUUAUUGCAUUUUUAAUUGUAAAUUUAGCUCCAAUUGGAAUAGCGCUUUGUAAUAUUUUCAAAUUUGAUUAUUUUUUAGAAUUUGGUAGUCAAAUUUUAAUUAAAUUAAGCAAUGGAACGGUUAGUAAAUAUAUAGGAGAAAUUAAUAAAUUAAACUUAAACAACACUAUCGACCCUGAUAAUAAAAACGAAAUGAUAAACAAAGCUAAGGAUGAAAUAAAUGAAAUUUCAUCAAAAUAUUAUAUACGUGAAUAUACUCCUUUGGUGAUAAUUUUAGGAACAUUUCAAUUUACCCUUAUAAUAAUUUGUGUUUUAUUGUUUGGAUCUUGGAAGUGGAUUAGGGAAUCUAAAUUGAGUGAUAAUCAGAGAAAUAUCAAUAUUAUUUAUCAACUUGAGAGGAUAUUGCUUAUAAUUACAGUUCCAUUUAGUGGAAUUGCGUUAUCAAUAUCAUUAUUUGUACUUGGGAUUCUUAUAAAUAUAACUUCCAAGAAGAUACUUGUUAAAAUUACUGAAAUAUAUAGUGUUAUUGUAAUUAUUCUAAUUUCAAAUGUUUUCUUAGUGAUACAAAAAUGUUCAAAAAAACUUUAUGUUUUAUUUUAUCUUGCAAUUAUAAUUGAAAUAGUAUUAUUAUUUGUAAUGUUAAUUGGUUAUAAUUAUCCAUCUAUUAUUCUUAGUAAUAAUAUUAAUGAUACUUUUACAAGUGCAUUUAGAGUAGAGAUAUUUAUAAUUACACUCGUAUUAUUUUUCCUAAUAAUUUUAAUUAUUAAUACUCGAUUAUGUCAAAAUUAUAUUGAUGAAAAUGUCAUUUUACAAAUAUAUGGUCCAAAAAAUAAACAAAUUCUAUUACAAAAUAUUAAAGAAUCUUUAAAAAAAAAUUUUAAAAAAUUUUUAAACUUUUUAGGAAAAAAGUCAAAGUCAGAUGAAUCUUACUUAAAAAGAUUAGGAAACAAUGCAUGGAAAUUUAUACCUGAAUCAAGAUUUUUAUUAUUAAAUAUAAUAAAAAUUGAUGAUGAGAUUGUAAGAGUUGAUAACAAAGAUCCUAUAAAAAAGAAAUGUCCGGAAAUUGUAUCUAAAAAUGUCUGGAAUAUGUCUGGAAAAUGUCCAAGGAAUUUUGAUCAUCUGGAAUUUGAUAUUUUUGAUUGUCCAGAAUUCGUCUGA